UUUUUCGUGUUUUUAGAUGCUGAGAUGAAUCGUCACCUGUGUGUUUGGCUUUUUAGACAUCCAUCUCUUAAAGGUUACUACCAGUGUCACAUCCACCUUCAUUCUCAGCAGUUUAGACGAACACAUCUUGACACAAAGAUGUGGCUUUUUAGACAAAACAGCAAUUACAUUCUUCAUUCUGUGUUCAGUAAGAAUUGGUCCAGAAGGUACUGUUAUCGAGAUACCAGGCUGCUAUGGAAACAUAAAGCACUACACAAAUAUAUGGAGGACCUCAACAAAGAGUACCAAAAACUUGAUCAGUGUUUACAGCAUAUCUCUGUGAAUGAGGGAGAUCGAAGGUCCUUGAACCAAAGGUAUGCCAAGUUGGCACCACUAACGGUCAUUUAUCAAGAAAUUCAAGAGGCUGAACAAGCAAUUGAAGAAUUAGAGUCAAUGUGUAAAAGUCUAAAUAAACAAGAUGAAAAGCAGUUGCAAGAACUUGCACUAGAAGAAAGGCAAACUAUUAAUGAAAAAAUCAACAUGUUGUACAAUGAGCUUUUCCAGAGUUUAGUGCCAAAGGAGAAAUAUGACAAAAAUGAUGUGAUUUUAGAAGUAACAUCUGGAAGAACUACUGGAGGUGAUAUCUGCCAACAAUUUACACAGGAAAUAUUUGACAUGUACCAGAAUUAUUCCUGCUAUAAACACUGGAACUUUGAACUUCUGAAUUAUACACCAGCUGAUUAUGGUGGACUACAUCAUGCAGCUGCCCGAAUUUCUGGUAACAAUGUUUACAAGCAUUUGAAGUAUGAAGGUGGGAUUCACCGAGUUCAACGAAUUCCUGAGGUUGGCCUGUCAUCAAGGAUGCAACGUAUUCACACAGGAACAAUGUCUGUUAUUGUCCUUCCUCAACCAGAUGAGAUAGACGUGAAAGUAGACCCCAAGGAUUUACGAGUAGAUACAUUUCGAGCCAGAGGAGCAGGAGGACAGCAUGUUAAUACAACUGAUAGUGCUGUAAGACUUGUCCAUAUCCCCACAGGGCUAGUAGUAGAAUGCCAGCAAGAACGGUCACAGAUAAAAAAUAAGGAAAUAGCCUUGCGUGUGCUGAGAGCUAAACUCUACCAGCAGAUUGUUGAGAAAGACAAGUGCCAACAACAAAGUGUUAGGAAACUGCAGGUGGGAACAAGAGCCCAGUCAGAGAGAAUACGGACAUACAAUUUCACCCAGGAUAGAGUCACUGACCACAGGAUAGCAUAUGAAGUUCGUGAUAUUAAGGAAUUUUUAUGUGGUGAGAAGGCCCUGGAUCAGCUAAUUCAGAGACUGCUUCAAUCAGCAGAUGAAGAAGCCAUGGCUGAACUUUUGGAUGAAAACCUUAAAUCAGCAAAAUAAAGGCUGAUUCAUUAUUAAUUAAUGAAAUAGACCCUCUAUCAAGAAGAAGACUGAGACAUAGAAAUCUUUGUGGAUUUUCAUAAAGUACAGCUAAAAGUACACAGUACUUCCAAUAUUUUUUUAAUGAAUCAUGUCAGCAUUUCUUGAUCUAAGAGUUCAUUUUAGGUGUCCUGUAAAGCACAAUCAAGUAGAAAACAAACAUGCAUCACUGAAAAGAGAAAUAAUAAAGUAUUGAGGAUUGAUUGUGUGUUAGACCACUUGCUCUCUAUAUAUGCCUUUUUU